AGUAUCCACUUCCUUCCGUGUCAGUUAGGGACUACUUUUUGUUACCUUACAUGAAUCCAUCUACAAAAUACAGUUGGGUUUGUGGGUGAAACACGACAAAAAUUGAAAAGGCUAAAAAUUAGGUUAUAAAAAAUGUUUUAAUUGUAUCUUCUGAGACAGUCUUUGUAAAAAUGUGCUUUUUUUUGUGGACUUCGCGUCGAGUUUACGCUAGACAUCUAUCACUCCAUUCGCUGUUAGCUCGGUGCUAACCAAAAAUGGCGUCUCGAUGGGAAAAAUCUAGAAAGACUCGCUCGUGUUUUACGCAGGUAGUGUUAUUUCGAAAGGCGGACAAUUAUUUAAAACAUAACUUUAAUGGACAAUUUUAUCAGUUGUUAGACAAUGAACGUUUGUAAGGUACUGUGCAGUAAUUUAGUUAGCGGGAGAAUCAGGCGGAAACCUUGCUGUGGGAGAGCGGCACGCUAACGGCAGCGGAAGGAUACACUUUGGUGUUUUGGGGCUUGGGGGGGUCGGGCCGGCGUGAGGAGGCAGCGAGGAAGAACGGCUCGGCGUGGAUCCAGGUCAGCGUUCGUCCCGCCUUCUUCUCACUAUAAAAAUGGAAGCACGGCGGAGUUCAGAUGUGAUCUUCCUGAUCUCGGAAGACGAGGAGGACGUGUUUUACGUGUCGACGGAGCAGCGACCCAGACAGUGGAAGAUUUUGGCACAGGAGCAGGACGUCCAGCGCGUGGUGCCGGCAGAGCCUCCUGUGGACAAGCAGAGUUCUGGGAACGAUUUAGUCAACUUCAUCAGGACGUACUUCUACGAUGCUGUGUACUCAGCGGAGCCGAAGGACAUCAUCCAGGCGGUGACAGACCGGCCGUACUGCGUCUACCUGUACGUCGGGGUGGAGCUGGGCCCCGGACGCAGCGCCAGCGUCCUGCUGAUCGGCUACUUUGACGAGCGCUCGUGUGAGCAGGCGGUGACGCUGCUGCACACGCUGCAGAUGAGCACCGACAGCGCCGAUCCGCACGGCGGCGCGGACACAGACAGCAUGGCGCGCGUCGCCGACUCCGACGCGUGGCUCCUGGUGGAGGCCCUGAGGAAGUACGAGCUGCCGCUGUCCAACCUGGCCGCGUUCUACUGCAGCGCGCCGGAGCCGGGCCUCAGCCGCGUGUUCGUGUCCCGGCUCCAGGCUUUCCGGCCCAAGCUGCUGUCGCUCUGCAGCGUCCCCGGCAUCGGGGAGCGGGCCUGCCAGGCCGGCUUCACGGCCUCCUUCAGCCACGCGGUCGACCUGGUCAGAGACGUCCAUCGCCACUACUCCACCUGCCUGUCCGUCAACGACAGCCUGAAGGAGGUCUUUGCUGACGCCGGCCGCCGCGGCCCGCCUCCUCCGGUCUCGCCGCAGUGUUCCUUCAUCGUCCGCAGCGUGCAGAAGAUGGCCGCCCGCUGGCAGGACUUGCAGGAGUAUUUUAAAUCCCUGGAGGAGACGGACGCUGUGAAUCGGAUCAGGAAGCGGCUGACGGACGACGUGGUCAGGCUGCAGUUCGUCUUCCUGUCCUACGCGCUGGAGCCCCUCAGGGUCCUCCUGGAGCAGCAGGAGUCGGACUCGGCCGACCUGAGCACCGAGCUCCACCUGACCUCCGUUCUGCUGCAGCUGUACACCGACAGCGUCUACCAGCCGGCCGCCGUCCACCGCUUCCUCCUGAACCGGGAGGUGGACCUGCUGCACGGCGAGGACCUGCUCCCCGUGGACGAGGUCAACGUGGGCGCAGACGCCUCCAGCUUCAUGUGGGCCCACGGCCCCAAGCUGGGGGAGCAGAACACAAGACGUCUGCGAAGGGACGCGCAGUCUUUCUACAGAGCGGCGCUUCAGAGUUUGGUGGAGAGCCUUCCAGGUCCGCUCGGAGACGUCACGCUGAGGAAUAUCGGGCGGAAGCUGAAAAGUCCAGAAAGUAUCACCGCCCAAACCUUUCCCUGGAAAGUGUUGCCAGGGAUCGCCGUCAAGCUGGGCCUCUGCACCGCUGGUUUUCCAGAGAAUGAUCUGGCGAGCAGCUGGUGCGCGUUCAUGAAUGUGCUGAAGGAGGAGAGCAGCGCCGACGAAUGCAGUAGCUGGGCAGAGAUUUUAAACCGAAUGAGACCGUGGCCGACGUUGCACAAGCUGUUCCUGACCCUCCUGGCCCUGCCCAGCUCUCUGCAGAGGAAUCAGGUGUUUGCUAAGGCGUACAAGAACAUCAUAAUGUCCCCCAACAGGGAGAAAACUCCCACAGCCUCACCACAAGUGGGAAAGUGGGGGCGGGGGUCCCCCGUCGGCUGGAGGAAGCUCUCUUCGCUGGAAGGUUUCAGCCGGCUGAAAGUAAAAGCCAUGAACAGAGAUGAUGAGAGCUCAUCAGCGGAUGACAACAGUCCUGCGGCGAAGCCUUUAACGCAGAAGAAGAAGGGGAAACGUCACCAGAGUGUGGCGGAAACCGACUACACUGACAACUCCUCAGACGUGAUCGACGUCACGGAAGAGUCCGCGAUUUGUCAGACCUCCAAGAUGCUGGCGAAGAACGCUGACGGACUUCAACGGGGAGAGUUUAUCUUCAUCGUGGCGAGUGAUGAAGAGGAUCAGAGCCUGGAUUCAACAACCAGAAAUCGACCAGCUUCUGCCGAGUUUCCAGAAAACCUUAUUGGGGAGCUGGUCUGGGGUCAGAUAGAGGGCUUCUCCCCGUGGCCCGGCAUCAUUGUGUCCAACAAAGGACACGUCCAGCUUCCACAGAAGACGAUGGUGGAGUGGUACGGACAGAGAAUGUGCUCUCUGGUCGGAGUGGAGUCCCUGAAGCCGUUCACCGCGUUCAGCCAGUACUUCUGUGCCAACUCCUUUGCCACCCUCAUCACCUACCGAGAGGCCGUCGUGUCAUCCCUGCAGGAGGCAGCUCGGCGCGCCGAGAAGCAGUUUUCUCCUCUGCUUCAGGACAGCGAGGAGCUCCUGAAGCAGAUGCUGGACUGGGCGUUCGGAGGCUUCCAGCCGUCUGGCCCAGAUGGACUCAAACCCAAAAAAGGGGUCGUUAAAGCCUACUCUAAGCCAAAGGUGAAGAAGAAACUUUUUGAAAAACCCACCCUGGCUUCUACCCCCGCCCACCCAGUCAAGAAGAACAGUGACAUGAGCAUCGAGAUGAAAGACGUGACCGUCUCACUCAACAAACUGUCGUGCGCUCCCAGAGCCCGGUCCUCCAGCUCCAAAUCCCGCAGGGGACCAGGACCGGAGAAAAGAAGGUCCAAACCUCUGAAUCCAGCGAUCGGCAAGCAGGGGAAGGGAGGCUUCCUGAAGGAGGAAGACAAGUCGGACGAAGAGUGGGCGAAGGUGACCAGCGGCUGGCACAGGAAAAGAGGAGGGGGGGGCUUUAAAGCGAGGAAGAGUCUGAAGAAGAGCUACAGCUUGUUGCAUGGGUUGGACGACGACAUGUCCCCGGACUUUGUGCCACACAAGAAGAAGGUCUACACCAAAGUUUACAAUAAAGUCAACCAGCCGAGCAGCGUGUACAGACAGCCGGACCAGAAGCUCAGAGAGAAGACAAUCAACAGGAUCAUGGAUUUACAACUCAACAUUGAAGACUUCUGUCUGUGUUGUGGCACCGAGGACAUCAUGAUAUCCCAUCCCCUGUUCAAAGGCAGCCUCUGCUUCAAGUGUAAAAAUAACUUCACAGAGACCCUGUAUCGCUAUGACGACGACGGAUACCAGUCCUACUGCACCAUCUGUUGCUAUGGGAUGGAGGUCAUACUGUGUGGACAUGAUGGCUGCCACAGGUCUUACUGUGAGGACUGCCUGAACAUCCUGGCCGGCCCGGGGACGUUUAACGAGCUGAAGGUCCUGGACCCGUGGAUCUGUUACCUCUGUCAGCCUCACCAGCUGCACGGUGCUCUGGUUCCCAGGGAGGACUGGAGAUUUCGCGUUCAGGAGUUAUUUGCCAACACCAGUGCCAUGGAGUUUGAGCCGCAUCGUGUCUACCCAUCUAUCCCCACCAAACUGCGCAGACCUCUGCGGGUUCUGUCGCUGUUCGACGGCAUCGGAACAGGCUACUUGGUGCUGAAGGAUCUCGGCUUCAAGGUGGAGAAAUACGUCGCCUCGGAGGUUUGUGAGGAUUCGGUCGCGGUGGCAGCCAUCAACCACGACGGGAAGAUCGUUCACAUCGGAGACGUCCGACUCAUCUCUGACGAGCUGAUCGAGAAGUGGGGUCCGUUCGACUUGCUGAUUGGUGGGAGCCCCUGUAAUGACCUCUCCAUUGUGAACCCCCUCAGGAAAGGCCUCUACGAAGGCACCGGCAGACUCUUCUUUGAGUACUACCGCAUCCUGCAGCUGCUGAAGCCCAAAGAGCACGACCCCCGGCCGUUCUUCUGGCUCUUCGAGAACGUCGUCUUCAUGAACACCCACGACAAAGUCAACAUCUGCCGUUUCCUCGAGUGCAACCCCGUGCUGGUGGAUGCCGUCAAAGUGAGUCCUGCAAACAGAGCCCGAUACUUCUGGGGGAACAUUCCUGGAAUGAGCAGGCCCAUCAUCGCCUCCCAGAAGGAUAAGCUGGACCUGCAGGACUGUUUGGAGCUCGGCAGAGAAGCCAGGGUGACCAAAGUGAGAACGAUCACCACAAACCCAAACUCCCUGAAGCAGGGGAAGAAUGUGUCUUUGCUGCCCGUCAUGCAGAACGGGAAAGAGGACAUCCUCUGGAUCACCGAGCUGGAGAAGAUCUUCGGUUUCCCCAAACAUUACACCGACGUGAGGAACAUGAACCGACAGCAGAGGCAGAAGCUGCUGGGCAAGGCGUGGAGCGUGCCGGUCAUUCGUCACCUCUUCGCCCCUCUGAAGGAGUACUUCGCCUGCGAGGAGCUGCCUCCCUCAGCCACGCCCGGCGGGUCCACCUCCAGCCCCUACGCCACCUCCUCUCCUAACUCCCCGGACCUGCAGCAGCUGAGAUAAGGGAGGCGCCGGCGUUGAACCGGGGAUCGCGCCGCGGUCCGCCUGGAACAGCAUUUUGCUUAAACUGCCCAGUUUUAUUAUUGUUAGAAUAAGUGUGCAUGCCGUCUAAACUGCUGGUAGCUCGUUUGGGGGCUUUUUUUUAACUUUUAACAACCUCAACUGUUUACUUUGUGCAAUUAAUUGUCUAAUUAUGCAGCCUGAGAUGUGCAGCUCUUCUUCCUCAGGAAAUGUGUGCGAAUGCAUCUGCAUACAGCAAAACCAGUGGGAACUUUCAUUAUAUUUUAAAUAGAUGAAAUAAUUCUAGGAUGGAAAUAGAGUAGAAAUGUCCUUUAUUUUCCCACAGAGGGGAAAUUCAGGAGAACCAGCAGCAAGGAGCAAAGAAGAAAGCGCUCCUUUACUGUGAUAUUUUUAAAAUCUUUCUUUUUAAUGUUUUUUUUAUUAGUCUGUAGUUGUAGAAAAUGCUGUCGCUGAACACUGCAUUAUUUUAAAAGGUUAAUUUUAAGUGAAUUGUUGUUGUUUUUUAGCUUUCCUGAUCAUGCUGUAAUAUCUAAAAAUAAUAAUCAGGGACUGAAGGACGUCUGCUGCGUCAUGUUUAACCUGCUGCUGAGUCGUCUAAACCUGCAGCGCCUUAAACUCUCUGCGUUCUGGUGUUUUAUUACAUUUCAUCAACACUCGUUAAAUCGUUGGCAGAUUAUUUCUAAUCCAGCCACACAUUUGGAUGAACCUUUUUUAUCUUUAUUUUUUUUAACCUGAUGCUUUUCCUGUGCAGAUUCUCAGUCAUCCGGAUCCUGGCAGCUAAAUCUAGAAACGAGAAUAAAAAGACAGAAUGCAGUUUGUGCCUAGCGAUUAGCAGCCUUAGUGAUCUCUGCUGAAACGCAGAAGAAAAUGGUUUCAAAUAUUUGCCUCCUCACGUACAGGCCCGAUGUUUAGGGUUCUGGUAGAUGUAUUAAUUAGCCUUCCUUUUAUUCUGUUUGAACCAACUAGGAUAGAAAGGUUCUUUUUAGCAUAAACUGGGCUUUUUUUAAACUCCAUAUUGGACCAAACAUGCAUUAUAACCAAUAAUCACUCCUGUUUGAUUCUUAAGCUAAAAUGAAUGAUCCUAUGUAUUAAACCAAAGAGUCAUUUCUGAAACUAGCCGUUUCAGUUCUAGUUGGAAUCGUACCCACAACCUAAUGUUUGCAAGGCGACAGCGCCACCCACAGAGCCCCUGAUCAGAUCAUGUGAUUGAAAUUUCGGUACUGAUGUUUACAUUUUUCUGCUCAUAUCCACUUACGGUCCUUUCAUGUUUCCUGUUAAACGUCUUAGUGGGGCUGCGAGCUUUCUGAUUGGUCGAACACUUUUGCACAUGACCUCAAAGGGAUUAAAUGCUUGUUGGUCCACAAUUGUCUGUGAAGGUUUUAAAUGGGCACGAACACAGAAUAAUGUCCUGUGUUCUGCUGUCAUUAUUUUAUCAAUAAUGUCAAAAGUGGAAUAAACGUGCAAAACAAUUUUA